CUCACGUCUCGUUAACCAAUCACAGAAUGGCUGUGACGAGCACGACGUACGCAGUAACGAUCCUUUUAAAAGACGAUGAGAGAACGAACACAGAUUUUGAAAAAAAAAAAAGAAAAUUAAAAGAAAACGCGGAAAGUUUUUCUUCUGCUCGCGAGAUUGUCAAUUCGAUUCCUUGUUUUUAUUUUUCAUCUCCGGCGUAAUCAUGACAACUUCAAAGAGGCUCGCAGACAGGAAGAUUGAGAAGUUUGACAAGAACAUUACUAAAAGAGGUUUUGUUCCUGAGACCACCACCAAGAAGGGCAAGGAUUACCCUGUUGGACCCAUUCUCCUCGGCUUCUUUGUCUUCGUCGUCAUUGGUUCAUCUCUCUUCCAGAUCAUCAGGACCGCAACUAGCGGAGGCAUGGCAUAAAUCGAAUCACAGUUCAAGCUAGAGGAAACGCCUUUUUCAAAAUUGAAUCUCUUCUUCUUCUUCUUCUUCUGUCUUGACUGUUUUUCCAUUAUACUGUAGAAUGCGUUAACUUUCUGUUUACUUUACAUGUUAUAAAGAUUUUUGAGAAUCUUUUUCUAUAAAAAUCUUGUCUUGAAGUUA